AUCGUAUUUCAUCUGCAAAUAGAGACAAUUUCACUACUUUAUGAUUUGGAUUACUUACAUAUUUUUCUUGCCUUAUUGCUCUGGCUGGAACUUCCAAUAUUGUGUUGCAUGAACAUGGCGGGAGGGGGCAUCCUUGUCUUGUUCCUGAUCGCAGAGGAAAGCUCUCAGCUCUUGACUGCUGAGUGUGAUGUUUGCCCUGGGCUUCUCAUGUAUGUCAUGUUGAGGUGCACCCCCUCUGUGCCCACUUUGUUGAGGUUUUUAUCAUGAAUGGAUGUUGACUUUUUAUCUUUUAUUUUGUUAGUGUGGUGCAGCACAGCAAGUGAUUUGGGAUGUUGACCAUCCUUGCAUCCCUGGAAUAAAUCCCAACUGACCACUGUGUGUGACCUUUUAAAUGUAUUGUUGAAUUUAGUUUGCUAAUAAUUUGUUGAAGAUUUUUACAUCUAUGAUCAUAGGAAUAUUGGCCUGUAACUUUUCUUAUUUUGUGGUGCCUCGUCUGAUUUUGAUAUCAGAAUGAUACUGGCCUUACCGUGGAGGCAUUUAGAAUCCUUUGAAAGGUUUUCUAGACCAGAAUGCCCUCUGCUAGCCAUAUCUCCUCAAAGGCUGUAUAUUCAGCCAGGUGCUCAGAGCCAGAGCCCUGUGUUUGGCCCAGAUGUGGGCCUGUGUUUGAGGGACAGGUCUGGGGAGGCCCCAGCGAGGGUUCUUCCCCAGCCAGGAGCGUCUGUGCAGCGGCAGCCUCACCGUGCUGUGCUGUUUCUUGUGCUUGCCCAGGAACAGGCCGGACCCUGGCCAUGGGGCACUGUCGCCUGUGCCACGGGAAGUUCUCCUCACGGAGUCUCCGCAACAUCUCUGGCAAAGCUUCUGGAGGGAGCUCAGAGAGGCUGCCCCCAGGGGAGCAUGUUUUCAUCAGGGACUUCCAGCGCCUCCUGGGGGUAGCCGUCCACCAGGACCCAGCUCUGUCUCAGUUUGUCUGCAAGAGCUGCCAUGCCCAGUUCUACCAGUGCCAUGGCCUUCUCACGUCCUUCCUGCAGAGAGUCAACGUCUCCCCGACAGGCCACCGGAAGCCUUGCGCAAAGGUCGGUGUCCAGCCCCUGCCAGGGGAGGAGGAGGGAGCGUGUGUGGUGGACCUGAUCACUUCGAGCCCCCAGGGCCUGCGUGGCUUGGUGGAGUGGGUGCACGGACAUGCAGCCAGCUGUGGGGCCCUGCCUGGUCUCCAGAGGACCCUGUCCUCUGAGUACUGUGGCAUCAUCCAGGCCAUCUGGGGCUGCGACCAGGGCCAUGCCUACACCAUGGAUGCGGACUCCAGCUGCGGGGCCCUCUUGCUGGACAGUGCUUUGGGAGUCAAGUGGAUGUGGGACAAGGAGACGGCCCUUCGGCUCACCCAGCAUCGUGGCUCCAGCCCCCCUGGGGCUGCCCCUCAGAGCUCCCAGGACAGAGCGACUGUGGCUGAGACCGGGAUGCUGCCCAGCACAGACACAGCUCCCUCGCCUGCAGAUGGCGACCCCGUGGGGCCUGGGCCAGGUCCCCCGCCUCAGCCAAUCCUCCCCGCAAGUGGGGCCCCAGGACAGUUGGGUGAGAAGCAGGUUCCGACUCCAACUUCGGAUGAUCGGGUAAAAGACGAGUUCAGUGACCUUUCUGAGGGAGACUUCCCAAGUGAGGACGAACAUGGCAAGAAGCAGAACGCCCAGUCCUCGGACGAGUCCUUUGAGCCUUACCCAGAAAAGGUCUCCGGAAGGAAGAGUGAAAGCAAGGAAGCCAGGAAGUCAGAAGAACCGAAACUUCGAAAGAAGCCUGGGCCCAAGCCAGGCUGGAAGAGCAAAGCCCGCUGUGAGAGGGAGGAGCUGCCCACCAUCUACAAGUGCCCACACCAGGGCUGCACGGCUGUGUACCGCGGGGCCGACGGCAUGAAGAAGCACAUCAAGGAGCACCAUGAGGAGGUCCGCGAGAGGCCCUGCCCGCACCCUGGCUGCAACAAGGUGUUCAUGAUCGACCGCUACCUGCAGCGCCACGUGAAGCUCAUACACACAGAGGUGCGAAACUACAUCUGUGACGAGUGUGGACAGACCUUCAAGCAGCGGAAGCACCUCCUGGUCCACCAGAUGCGCCACUCGGGAGCCAAGCCUCUGCAGUGUGAAGUCUGUGGGUUCCAGUGCCGGCAGCGGGCGUCCCUCAAGUACCACAUGACCAAACACAAGGCUGAGACUGAGCUGGACUUUGCCUGUGACCAGUGUGGCCGGCGGUUUGAGAAGGCCCACAACCUCAAUGUGCACAUGUCCAUGGUCCACCCUCUGACACAGGCCCAGGACAAGGCCCCGCCCCUGGAGCCCCUGCCUGGGCCGGUGGGGGGUCAGACUGUGAAGGCUGAACCCACAUGAGGGCACGCCAGCCCUGGAGCGCAGCCGGUGGUAAAUCCUAACCCUCAUGCCUCACAUCAGAUCUGAAGGCACAGCUCUGCUCAAUCAACCAAGACCUCCACCCCGAGUGUGGGAGGGUGGGGGCUCCGUGUGCGGCUCCUGUUGCCUUUCUGGCCGCUGCUCAGAGACCAGCAGUUUGUUUUUCUGUAACCCCUGAGUGACUUGGUGCCAGAUGCAGAUUUUAAAUCAUCGAGUUCUCUUUCCAACUAAAGCAAUCAAGAUUUGUAACCCA